GUGCCGGUCACUUGUUUGUUCUCCACGGACCACAGUCCACACUUUGCUGACGAUAUAGAGACAAGAAUUGAAUAUAAUACAACAAUAUAAUGUCGUGGGCGAAUCCAAUCAUCGUUAUCCGUCCGACAGCAGCAGUUGUUCCCCGUUUGAGGUUUCGCAAUCCCAGCAGUAGUUUUGUCGCCCUGAGACUGAGACUGAGAGCAGGAUUUCCGAGGAAAGUUCCUCGGAGGUCCGUGCACUGGAUUAGCAGAAGCCGCCGGAGCGUUGGAGUGGAGGAUGAGGACUACGGUGUUCUUCCCACAGGGUUCGAACUAGAACAAGAACACCUUAUUAAUGGGUCGUCCCAGAUUAAUAUUGUCGGAUUUUCUCAGCUUGAACCCACUCUCAACAAUAUGAGUAAAUGGGUGGUGGUUGCAGUCUUUGGUGCAAUUCUGCUAUGGAGGCAUGAUGCAGAAUCACUAUGGGCUGCAAUGGGCUCAGCUAUAAAUUCCGGUCUCUCAAUCAUUCUGAAGAGGAUGCUCAACCAAAAACGUCCUUCUACCACGUUAAGAUCAGAUCCCGGAAUGCCAUCUUCACACGCCCAAUCUAUAUUCUUCACAGCUACAUUCUCUAUUCUCUCAAUGGUUCAAUGUUUUGGACUGAAUGGUAGGACUGCAGCACUCAGCUGGCUUGUCUUUGCACUGGCCUCUUAUUUUUCAUGGUUAAGAAUUUCGCAGAAACUUCACUCAAUCAGCCAAGUACUUGUGGGUGCUGUUCUGGGCUUCUGCUUUUCUGCUCUCUGGUUUUGGUUAUGGGGUGCCGUUUUUAUGAAGACAUUCAUAUCAUCCCUGUUGGUCAGGAUCAUUGUGCUUCUUGGUGCUGCAGGAUUUUGUGUUGCCUUUAUCAUAUAUUUUAUUAGGCACAUUGAACAAGCAAGGCAGUUAAUGUCAUCAGGAAUAUCUACUUUUUGAUACUUUGACUUGAAUAUUUACUGUGUUGAUAAUUUUUUAUGAAAUUUAGCUUUUGGUUUACUUUGGUUAUAUGUUGUGCGGUGAAUUGUACAAUUGUAAAUGUAUAAUGACUAUAAUUUAAUUACGGUAUUCACCAUUUAAUUGUAAUGAUUUGUAACGGUUGAAAUCAAAAGUCCAACAUGUUCAUAUUCA